CAGAGGACACUAUGUGAGCAAGGUUAAUCUCAAUAUUUGGGAAUGUGGAAAAUAUUUUAAUGAUAUAAAUAGCCUUAAAUGCAUCCAUAAUUGGCGUUCGUUUUGUUUUGUUUGUCGUGAAAGAUUGACUGUCAUAAACAAGAUUACUAUGUUAUUAUAGUUAAUGUAGCUAUCUUCUUCAAGAUAAUUACCAGUAUCAACCGAUGGAAGAUUACAAGUUCCUUUUCAAAGUUGUCCUUGUUGGAAAUGCAGGUGUAGGAAAAACAUGUUUAGUUCGUCGUUUUACGCAGGGCCUUUUUCCACCUGGGCAAGGUGCUACUAUUGGUGUGGAUUUUAUGAUAAAAACUGUGGAAAUAGACAAUGAAAAGGUUAAAAUUUGGGAUACAGCAGGUCAAGAAAGAUUUCGUUCCAUCACCCAAAGUUAUUACCGGUCAGCUCAUGCAUUGAUAUUAGUUUAUGACAUUAGUUGUCAACCUACCUUUGAUUGCUUACCAGAUUGGCUGCGAGAAAUUGAAGAAUAUGCAAGUAAUAAAGUUCUUAGGGUACUUGUUGGAAAUAAAAUCGAUCGAGAAGACAGAGAGAUUCCUACACAUGUUGGGGAAGAUUUUGCCCAGAGACAUAGUAUGUACUAUUUGGAAACCUCAGCGAAAGAAGCAGAGAAUGUUGAGAAGUUAUUUAUGGAAAUUGCUGCAGAAUUGAUGGAGGCUUCAAGUUGGGUUGUAUCAUAUCCUAAAGGUUGGGAUACUAAUGCUUUGUACCUCAGUUCUGUGUACUUUCCUCUUUAUUGUUUAUAUUGA